CUGUUUCAGUUUUCCAAUUUCCACUAGUUUAGCAACCAUCAGCCAUAGUCAGCGUUCCAACUAGGCAAAGCAAGCCUGGUACCGGGGUGGACCAGUUUUUUAACUGGCGGACCGCUGGGUCAGUAACCCUUCUUUCUCCAACUGUUUUCUGACUGAAGGUUCAUGACUGUUGCGGUCGGUGACACUGACGCGCUAGCGCUCAUCAUGCCGGUCCGUACGGAGUGCUGUGGCAGCCCAGUUGCGGCCCGUCUAUCCUCGGCCUCACUUAUCCCUCCGCCGCCGAUUAACACGCAACAGCCGGGCGUGACUACUUCGCUCCUGUACAGUGGCUCACAGUUUCGGGGACAUCAGAAGAGCAAAGGAAAUUCAUAUGACGUUGACGUCGUUUUACAGCACGUGACAAUGGAGGACUCCUAUCUGUGUGGAUACUUGAAGAUCAAAGGCCUAACAGAGGAGUAUCCUACUCUCACCACGUUCUUCGCCGGUGAAAUAAUAAGCAGAAAGAGGCCUUUUUUAACUAGAAAGUGGGACGCUGAUGAGGAUGUUGACCGGAAACACUGGGGCAAGUUUCAGGCUUUCUACCAGUACGCCAAAAGCUUCAACUCGGACGACUUUGACUACGAAGGGCUGAAGAACAGUGACUUUGUCUUCAUGAGGUGGAAGGAGCAGUUCCUAGUACCGGAUCAUACCAUCAAAGACAUCAGUGGAGCCUCUUUUGCUGGCUUCUACUACAUCUGCUUCCAGAAGUCUACUGCUACUAUCGAGGGCUACUACUACCACAGGAGCUCCGAAUGGUACCAGUCGUUAAACCUCACCCAUCUCCCUGAACACAGUAUGCCUAUCUAUGAAUUCCGGUGACACCCAAACCCCUGGGACUACUGGAUAGGACAGGUUGAUUGGCACUGCCCUAUAGACAAAUGGAGGGAGGAGGUCAACUAUCCAGGCAUGCCAAGGGGGGAUGUACCAGUCUGGUCUGUUGAUUGGCGAGAGAGACACGCACACAGAUGGGCAGGCGGAUGGAAAUGCGUGGUGAGAUCAAGGAUGUGGUUGCUGACAGAAAGGCACAUAUCCCAGUUUGACUCAAUCUGGAUGUUGCAUCAACUGGGAUACAAAGCAACGUGACUUUGUUCAUUUUUCCCUAUUUUUCUAAGGACAGAUCUUAAGAAAUCCUCUUGUCAGCCUCUUUUCGACUGCUCUGUUCUUUCAGUUUGGGAUAGUCAGAAUGUUAACUGCCAAUGUUGUUUUGUUUUUUUUGUCUUGCCUUGUGGUUAUGGGUUGUUGGGUCAUUGGAGCAGUAUCUGUCGAGGAGAGAAAUAUAUCGAAAGAUUGGAAUUUCCUUUGAGUUUUAUGUUCAUAUACUUUGAAGACAUUGCAAUGAGGCUUAAUUGAGAGGGAUGUAGCCUGAGGGUGAACUAGGGAUGUUGAUGACCCUCUGUUAGAAGGUCACAUGAAUAAUAUUGACAAGAGUGACCUUUUGCAAGUGUUCCACAAAAGCAAUUGACUCUGGGUUUGAUACAUGAGUAGGCCAGCGAUGAUGCUGACAGGCUGUUGCCUGUUAGUUAGAGAGGUUGCUAGCUAGUGUGGGAGUUCGAGAGAAACUGUUGAAGCAGUUAGGGCAUCGGCCAUGCCGAUGUCUGUGUUGGCUGUGUCCCAAGGGUGAAGCGGUAGCUAUAUUGUUGAAGCGAAUUCUUCUGACUGUAGUAGGACCCAUGCAUAGUGUAUAUUAGUGUCUAUUUUCAAGCUGCUAAUGUAAUUAAAAGAAGAAAGCCUCUCCUACCUAUCGCCUCAAGCGAACAGCUAAACGCUUUAACAUUGCUUCUCUCAUUGUUCUAUGCAAGUACACAAUGGCUGCCGGUUAAUAAUCCAGUGGCACAAAAAAAACGUUCCAUUUUUAUUUUCAGAGAUGAUUUUUAAAAUAUUAUGAUGAGCGAUCACACAAACAGAGAUUAUUUAUUGACAGUAAAUGUUGUUGAUUUGUAUACAUGAAUACACAUACCUAUAAAGAUGGAAAUAAAAAAGAUAUUUUGUUUA